AUGACACAGUUGAUGGGUGAUUUACCUACGCAGAGAUGUAACAUUGCAAAGCCUUUUGAACAUACAGGCGUCGAUUUUACCGGACACGUGCUCAUAAAGGCCAACAAGGGCCGAGGAAUUAAGACUACAAAGGGCUACGUAGUGGUAUUUGUCUGUAUGGCAACCAAGCUUGUUCAUCUAGAUUUAGUCUCGGACCUCACAUCAUCAGCAUUCCUAGCUGCAUUGCGACGAAUGGCUGGAAGAAAAGGCUCGCCGAAACACUUGUAUAGCGACAAUGGUACAAACUUUGUUGGUGCUAACAAAAUUUUACAGGAAGAAUUGGAACAAAUACAAAAAACAUUUGAUCAAGAUUUCAUCAAAGAAAUUACUAGCCUGGAGAUUGAAUGGCAUUUUAACGCACCCUCAUGGCCCACAGCAGGAGGGCUGUGGGAGGCUGCAGUUAAAAGUUUAAAAUAUCAUUUAAGAAGAGUCGUUGGAGAGCAAAAGCUCACUUUUGAAGAGUUCAGCACAGUUCUGGCCCAGUUAGAAGCAGUACUUAACUCAAGGCCAUUGUGUCCUCUUACUGAAGAUCCCAACGAUCUAGAUUUCCUCUCUCCGUCAAGCUUUAUCAAUCUAAAUCAAGAUAUGACUAUAUUAGAAACAGAAACUGAUAUGCGGACAAGAUGGCAUUUAACUCAAAAAAUAGUACAAGAUAUUUGGAAACGUUGGCAUGCAGAAUAUCUCACACAGCUGUCAGCAAGAAGCAAGUGGAGACAUUCUCAACCAGACAUUCAACUAAAUGACAUCGUCACAAUUAACGAUGCAAACUUACCUCCUGGGAAAUGGGCAGUUGGUCGAGUCGUCCAGCUGCAUCCCGGGGCCGAUGGCCACAUCAGGGUGGUCACAUUGAAAACAAAGAAUGGGCUGAUCAAGAGGCCUAUUAUCAAACUGUCUAUUCUCCUGUGA